CACAUUAAAGCUACAUCAGUACACAUCAAGAGGUGAAUCGAACUUCAAUGGGGAUAACCAAUUUCGUGCUCACGGUUGCCGGUGUUAGCGCCGUCGUGCUUCUCCUCCGAAGCGACGUCAAAAAAUCAGCUUCAAUUUUCAAACAAAACGUUAAACAAAUUCGUCACUGGCUCGAAGAAGAAACCCCUAAUCCUUCAAAACAAAUGGAAGUGGUAACAAAAGAACUACAAUCAAAGGUUCCUCCAAAAGACAUACCUAAGGAAGAUAAGCACUAGUGUCUAUGCUGGUAAUAGGAUGUUUAGCAUUGUAAUUUUGUUUUUUUAUGGGCUUCUCUUGCUCUGUAUUUGAACACUUUUUUUUUUAUCUAAAAUAAACUUUUCAUCUUUC